UGCCUGAAGGGUUUUAUUUGGGUUGCAGUGGUUUUUAUUGUGAAGCAAACUUCUGUUUCAUAAUGUCUGAACAAAAGUUAAUUACCCACAGAGUCGCCCCACCUUUGACAUAAAAUCUCUUUCAUGCAGCCCUUAAAGCUCAUGUGAAGCAAUCUAAAACUGCUUUUCUUUACCCUAAAAGAUUAUUUUUAGAUUUUCUUGUUUUUACUUUUCCAGAAAAUCAAUUUUUGUCACAAUGAAGAAUCUGUUGCUCUGCGUUGUGCUCAUGGUGAUGGUUGUUACAGCCGAUUCUCUGAGCUGUAACUCCUGCAAAGUGGGCUUCAGAGGGAAAUGCCUUCUUUACUCCAAAGAAACCUGCGUCUCAGAUAAGGCCAAGUGCUACACUGGAGACGUGGUCUUUAACAUCACUGAUACGGUGAGCUUCCACAGUCGAGGAUGCUUUUAUACGAACCCCUGCAACGUUUCGGAGACAGGAAGUCUCCUGACAGCCGGGUACACGUUGACAAGAGUCUGCUGCGACGGCGACAACUGCAAUGGAGCCACGUCUGUCCAGCUCACUGUCACUGCAGCUCUGGGUGCCGCCGCCACAACUGUUUGGAGUCAGCUAAACGUCUAGAAACAACCACCAACAAAUAGUCUUUAUACUUUACGCAAAGUUCUUGUGCAUGUAGGGAAUUUAGAUAACCAUUUAUUUGCUCUUUAUUAAGUAUUUAUGUAAUAAACAUAUUGUGAAAUUUUCACUUAAAAUAGGAUUUUUCUACUUUGCAUGCAUUUAAUGAGUAAAAUAAAAUUUGACUUGAAUGGGAGUUUCACUUUCGCUAAAGAUGGCAAUCUGAGUUGGGAGGAAAGUUGUGCAGGAAUUCCUCCCCUUGUUGAGAUAAAAGCCCACAGACCUGGUUCAUCUUCAUCACUCCUUCUCUCCGCUUCUUCUCCUCACUUUUGCUCUGAGGUAUCUGAGAAUCUAGACGAGUUUAUGUCAUUUACACCUUUCUGUUGACUUGCAAACAUGAAGAACUUCUGGACAACUCUGAUCGCAUUCAGCGCCCUGAUUGCAACAGCACAACUCCUGAAAUGCCAGAAGUGUUCAGUGUCUUUACUGGGCGGCUGUGCGAUUGGGAAAGAGGAGGUCACAUGUGCAACUGGAGAGAGUUGCACCUUCUCAGAAGCAAGCUUCACAGCGAAAGGGUCGCCCACUCUGUACAGCCGGGGCUGCGUGGCCAACACCUCCUGUGGGACCACAAUCACCAACACCAUCAUCGGUAUUGAGUACAGCAGCAAAUACGCCUGCUGCACCACAGACCUGUG